AUGCAGGAGCAUGCGUACCUCCCGGAGUUCUAUGGGGUGGCGGCCAGUCAUGAUUCCGUGCAGUCACAAUACAGCGACAGUCGGAUCCAGAAGCUUUGCAAAAAAGCCAUCGAUGAGCCGCACCGGGCGACACACAUGGCCCCGCUGCAGACGGCGCCCAUGGUCAUUGAGCCGCCAGAUGUGCCGCAGCCUGAUGAUGCUUGGAAAGAUGAGGACGUGGCAGUGCCGCAGGCAGAGACCUCUACCGUGAACGUGGGCCAGGUCCGCGAAGACCCGCGUGUGGUGGCGAAGAAGAUGAUGUUUAGAUACAUCAAGUUCGUCGUUGCUGACGUCAUGGAUUGUGGCAGCAUGGAGGCCGCCCUGCAAGGGAACUCGGAAUGA